GAUGGUCCCUGAUGAUGACGGCUUAGACUUUAUUGGGGAUUUAAAGGUAGCAAUUAUUUUGAUAAAAUGUAGAAAUGAGGAGAUGAUUGUUAAACCAACCAACAAUACUUCAGCAUCAACAUCGUCAUCCGUAUCAGCUUUAACGUCACCAUCACCAUCCACGUCGGCUUCGACAUCAGCUUCAGCAUUAACAACAUCCACGUCAGCUUCGACAUCAGCUUCGACAUCUGCUACAACAACAUCCACGUCAGCUUCGACAUCAGCUUCGACAUCAGCUUCAUACUUGUCUUCAGUUAUAAUGGCCAGUCAGCUUAUCUCUAUUCUGCGUGAUUCAUCAUUAUAUACAACACCGCAAAAUACUGUUCCAGUAACCCAAGAAUAUAUCACUAAAUUUUACAAGACAAUUUACGACAAGGUCGUAAAAUGUGAAAUGGACAUUUCUAAAGUUAAUGAUGUUUAUAUAUUAGAUUAUUUGAAACAAACAAGUCAAAGUGAAUUUAAAGUUUUUGAGUUCGUUAACACAAAUCAAUCCAAAACAAUCAAUAAGGUUAUGUUGGCAUUGUUUCAUCAACUCGCAAUUGGAACCGCAUGCAAUGUACCAAAGGCAUUCGAAUUGUACACAGAGUUAGCACCAAAAAAUGGCUUCUCAGCGUAUACAGCGGGUUUAUACAAGCAAUAUGGUCAAGGAAUCCCAAAAAAUGCCACUGAAGCUUUUAACUUUUUCAAAUUGGCUGGUGAAGGUGGCUUUGUACCAGCUUAUAAUAAAUUAGGGUUAUGUUAUGAUAUGGGAACAGGUGUUGAGGUAGAUAAAGAAAGGGCCUUCCAAUGGAUUGAAAAAUCGGCAUUAGCAGAUGAUAAAUAUGGUCAAUACAAUUUAGGAUUAUAUUAUGAAACUGGUAACGGAUGUGAAAAAGAUUUAACCCAAGCAUUCGUAUGGUAUGUGAAAGCUGGCGAGCAAGGAUUUAUCACAGCAUUGAAUAAAGUGGGAAUUUGUUAUAAAAAUGGAGUGGGAACAACGGCAGACCUGUCCAAAGCAUUCGAAUGGUUCAAAAAAGCGGCCGAGGCAGGGUGUAAAUAUGGACAAGUUAAUUUGGGAAAUGCUUAUGAGUUGGGAUGGGGAGUUACCAAAGAUGAGGACGAAGCUUUUAAAUGGUUCGGCAAAUCUGCUAAUAAUGAUAAUUAUGAUUUGGGACAAUUUUAUUAUGCAAGAUGUUUCGAAGUAGGUAUUGGAACUCCUAAAAACAUGACCAAAGCUUUGGAAUGGUAUAAGAAAAGUGCUGAUAACGGAAACAAUAUGGCGAGAUUUGCUUUGUUGGACUUGACCGGAAUGGCGGCACUUCUUAUUCAAUAG